AUGUCGGCACUUCGUGCAAGGUUGUCUUUAACACUUUUAGGACGGCAUAUGUUUAACCAGGCUUUAAACAAUUCAAAAUAUAUUAAUGGCGUCACAGUUUAUAAUAAAAAUUACAAUGAUAAAGUUUUACCUAAGGCUAGAUACAGUACCGUAUCUGAUCAGAAACCGGACGAAUCAAAGACUAGCUCUGAAAAGAAGGAGUUUCAAGCAGAAACACGAAUGCUUCUAGAUAUUGUGGCAAGAUCCUUAUAUUCAGAUAAAGAGGUUUUUAUUAGAGAACUAAUAUCAAAUGCUAGUGAUGCAUUAGAAAAGUUCAGAUAUCUAAGUGUCAGUUCUACACCAGAUGCUCUGCCAUUAGAAAACAUAGACCGGGCUCUUGAAAUCAGAUUGACAACUGACAAGCAAAACAGAACAUUAACAUUCCAGGAUUCGGGUAUUGGCAUGACUAAAGAAGAAUUAAUUCAAAAUUUGGGUACUAUUGCUAGAUCAGGGUCUAAGUCAUUCAUAGAAGAAAUUAAGAAGCAGGGAGCAGAACAAGCUAAUUCAAUAAUUGGACAGUUUGGUGUCGGAUUUUACUCUGCUUUCAUGGUUGCUGAUAAAAUUGAAGUAUACACUAGAAGCAGUAAAAUUGGAUCACCUGGCUAUAAAUGGAGUUCUGAUGGAUCUGGAACAUAUGAAAUUCAAGAAGUGGAGAACGCUGAGAUUGGCACUAAAAUUGUGGUUUAUCUUAAAACAGAAUGCAGAGAAUUCUCUGAUGAAGAAAAAGUUAGAAGCAUAAUUAUGAAGUACAGUAACUUCAUCGGCAGCCCUAUAUUAUUAAAUGAUAAUCAAGUAAAUUCUAUCAAGCCCCUAUGGUUAAUGGAACCUAAAGAAGUGACACAUGAACAACAUGUAGAAUUCUAUCGUUUUGUCAGCAACUCUUAUGAUAAGCCAAGGUAUACAUUGCAUUACAAAACUGAUGUACCGCUAAGUAUCAGAUCCAUACUCUAUGUACCAGAAGGAAAACCAGGUCUCUUUGAAAUGUCGAGAGAUUCAGAUGUUGGUGUGGCAUUGUAUUCGAGAAAGAUUUUAAUUAAAAGCAAGGCGGAGAAUAUUCUUCCUAAAUGGCUGAGAUUCGUAAAAGGGGUUGUUGAUUCUGAGGACAUUCCUCUUAAUUUGAGCAGAGAAUUGCUACAAAACAGCGCUCUGAUUGCAAAACUACGACACGUUUUAUCAAACCGGUUCCUUAAGUUUAUGGUUGAUAAUUCUCAGAAAGACCCUGUUGGGUAUGAUGCAUUUUAUAAAGACUAUUCACUAUUCUUCAAGGAAGGCAUUGUUACAAGUCAAAGUCCUCUUGAGAAGGAGGAAAUUGCAAAGUUACUACGUUUUGAAUCAUCAAAACUAGAGAGUGGGGUGCGCACUUCACUUGCUGAUUACAGCACAAGACAGAAAAAUGAUCAAAAGAGUAUUUACUACUUGGCUGCACCUAGUCGCGAGUUAGCUCAAUCAUCACCGUAUUAUGAGUCUCUCAAGAAACAAGAUGUUGAGGUUUUAUUCUGUUACGAGAUGUAUGAUGAACUGGUCUUAUUGGAACUGAAGGAAUUUGGUGGCAGAAACCUUGUAUCUGUUGAAAAUGAUAUGCAAAAAGACGCUGCUGAGAGCACAGAUACAAUAAUAGGAAGCGACGACUUACAACAGACCCAAGUGAAUGAAUUGAUUUCGUACUUAAAAUCUCACUUAGCUGGUAAAGUAUUUGAAGUGAGGACUACAAAGAAGUUGGACUCGCACCCUUGUGUUAUUAUAGUACCAGAGAUGGCGGCUGCCCGACAUUUUAUUAGAACACAAGCGCAAAAUCUCAGCGAAGAAAAUAGAUUUGCCCUGUUAAGGCCGCAACUUGAAAUAAACGCCAAGCACCCAAUAAUAAAGAAACUCCACAAGCUCAUAUCAAGUGAUAAGGAACUAGCUAACAUGAUCUCUCAGCAGUUACUGUCCAAUGCUAUGGUAACGGCCGGAUUAAUUAUCGAUCCAAGAAACCUCAUAACGAACAUUAAUGAUCUUUUAGUGAAGGCCUUAGAAAAAUACUAA